CGCUCCGUAAGCUGUGUAGAAGAUCUCAGUGAGCAGGGGAGAUGGUGUAAUGUAAAAAAAAAGGUAGCCGUGAUUGAUUUGUUAAAUCGUCGUUAUUUCUGGUGGUGGAAAUGGUGGUGAUUAGUGAUUUCCAGGGAUAAGUGAAACCUCCAGAAGCGGAUUUCAUCAUGGUGUCGUGGAUCAUUUCCAGGAUGGUGGUCCUGGCCUUCGGGACCCUCUACCCAGCCUACUCUUCCUAUAAGGCAGUCAAGACGAAAAAUGUCAAGGAAUAUGUCAAAUGGAUGAUGUACUGGAUAGUGUUUGCAUUAUUUACCACAGCAGAGACAAUUACGGAUAUGCUUCUGUCCUGGUUUCCAUUUUAUUUUGAGCUGAAGAUUGCGUUUGUCAUCUGGCUGCUGUCACCGUACACAAAGGGCUCCAGUGUCCUGUAUCGCAAGUUUGUGCACCCUACGCUGUCCAACAAAGAAAAGGAGAUUGAUGAGUAUAUCACCCAGGCGAAGGAUCGUAGCUACGAGACGAUGAUGCGCUUUGGAAAGAGGGGGCUGAAUAUCGCAGCCACAGCAGCAGUCACUGCAGCUAGCAAGGGUCAGGGUGUGCUGUCGGAGAAGCUGCGCAGUUUUAGUCUGCAGGAUCUGACGCUCAUUCAAAACGAGGAGGAGCUAAUGGAUGAUGAAACACACACUGCUGCCACACUGCCCCGUGCUAAAACACGUACAGUACGGCCCACAUCCAUAUCGACAGAUAGUGAACCACAGAUCAGUACCCGGUCUGACGUCGACCAAUCAGAUAGCAGGAUGGAGCACUCGGAUGAGGAUGUUGCUGACAAAGUGCCCAAGAGAACAGCCAGCAUGAGAGCAGCUAAGAAACCAGCCACUGCUAAGACAGAGACAAUAAAGACAGUAAAGAAGCAGCCAAAGAAGAAGAACACCACCGCAACCAGUAACAAUGCUGAGACGCCACCUUGAGAUCCCAGCCAAGGCCACAUGUACACACACCCGUACACACACCCAUACACACACCAUAAACACUAAUACAUAUGGAGAUGGUACAUGACCCGACACCCACACACACACAGUCUCACUUGCUCUCAGCAAAGUCAUUGUUGCUUAUUAUUAAUAGAUUUUCGGCUUCUGUAUUGGUUAAAAAUGCUGUAAAAUGUGCCUGCAAGCAUGUGUGCAGAUUCCUCACUACUCAUAACAUCCUCUAUAGACCUAACUCUUAACGCUGUCCCUCCCAGUAUCCUUACACACUUCAUCCACUUCCGCACAGCUCCUUUAUUUUUUUGUCUUCCUGUCUCUGUUCCUUUUUAAAGCAUGUAGGACAUACCAUGUGGGACUUGCAGUCAGGAAAAAAAAAAACAAUAGUGUGAGACAUGGAAGGAUGGACUCACAGCCUUUUUGGCUUAGCUUUUGGAGACUCGCAUGCAAGCAUAAUGAGUCGAUUGAAAGUGGUGGAUUUCAGGGCUGCAAGCACAGCUCUGUCUUCACUCCUUACCACAGAACAUUAAUCACCAUCGGCUCUGAAAGGUUUAUGCUUAGGGAGAGGGUCUGUUUCGCCAAAAAGUCCUGCUCUUAAUGAGGGCUUUAUUGGAACUGUUGCUGGAAACAGUCAGGCUUCACUUCAUGUCUGUCUUCUCACCGAACAACAAUUCAUUAUGGCUAACACAAUAACCACCUCAUUGGAUUUAUUUUACUGUUAUAAUAAUAAGAAUUUAUGAAGGAUUCUAAUGCACAUGCAGAACUAGGACAGGCAAUAUGACAGUAUGUCACGACAGAGAAUGUCCCAGUUCCAUGUUUUUUAUUUUCUAUAUGAUUUUCGAAAUUCAGUAUUAACCCUUAUCUGAUGCUGAGCUCCGAUAUCAUGAAGGUCAUCAAGCCUUGAUGUAUCCAACUCAUAUCUCUCUCUCUCUCUCUCUUUUUCUCUCUCUCUCCAACCUGAUACUGAUACCUGUUGACAGUAGUUGAGGUUUUGUGUCUCAGUCUUAGAGUUAAAAGUUAGAAGAACGGUAAAACAGUAGUAUGACCAUUACGUAGAUGGAGACACCGGGACGGAGGGACACUGAUAAAAGAAACAAGGACACACAGACAGAAAGAGAGACUGUGAGUGAGUGGGAGAGAGAGAUAGAGGGGACAGAAACUCUGACACAGAGAGAGACAUAUGACCAUGAUGGACACACAGACCAAAAGAAACAGACCCCUGGGAAGACAAACAGAGAUGCAUAAAUACUCAUACAGACAAAGACACAUAAAUACAGACAAAGGAACAAAACUCAACAUUCCCACAUUCACGUAGCUACUCAUCAAACGAUGUGGUUGAUCAGUACUACACUUUUCUGAGAUUAAAGAUGUGUGGUUCAUCUUCAUAUCGGUAAAGACUGGCACAUUUGAGUUGCUGUUAAAAGCUUGUGUUUACAAUUUAAACUAUGACCUUUUUAGUUGGUUUAUUUAUUUUAAUAGAACCGUGAUCUUGACAGUAUGUGACUCAAUCCUGUGGCCAAUUGAGUUCAAUUUUUAAUCAGAUGUAGGACAGUUUACAGCAUGCCAUAAUUUGUGUGUUUGGGUGUGAUGGGAUUUAAAUAUUUUUUUUGGUGAUUAAAUGCUAGGAAUGGAAACAGCAUUGCUGAUGACUAACUAAAAGUUUCAGUCUGUAGUCUAGCUCAGUCUCUCCUGCUCUCUGGCUCUGUUUAAAGAAUUGGAAUGAAUUUGUUGUCUCCUUUUAAUAGUCGUGUAUCUUUCUACAGUCCCCCUUAAUUCUUAGGAGCAAAGAAAAGAAACCAGGUCUUCUGUCUUCUGAUAUGUUUUGUGCACUACAGCCUUUGACAGUGAGUUUUAUUUCCUCUAUUUUAAAUGGCACCUAAAUUCGCCACAGGCAGGAUUCUGUCAACUCGGCUUGAGAGUUGAUGCCUAAAUGUAGAUCUGUUUUGCCUCUUAGCAGAUGGUGUAGAUACUGAUUUCAGAUCAGUUGUUAGAUCAGCCUCCAGCUGUGAUGUCAGGAUCGGUUAGGUUUUGAGUUGAGUUAAACGGAGCGUGCAGAUUCGAUAGAGAGCCAACAGCAGGCGCCAACGUUCCACUGAAAUAUAAUUUAUAAUCAUUUAUUAUUAGCUGCUUUGACUUGUUUGGGCUCAUAAGCUAAAACUAUACUUAAUGUCAACACAUUUCAAUCUAAUGUGAUUUCUAGGAAUAGAAAAAAAAAAAUUCAUGAUUAAAUCAAUAGCCAGGUUAUUAUCGAACAUAUUUGAUACUUUGCAUAUUAUUUAAAUCUGCACUGGAAUUGAUUUUACAGUUAAAAGGGACUGCAAAAGUUUUGCUCCAAUUCUGUAUUGUAUGCAUCUGAGGGCAGUUAAAUAUUUAGGGCCUCAGCUGGACAGUCUACUGAAAACUUUUAAAUGUAAAUAUUAGAAAACCUUUGACUUAUAUAAUGAGCUUGCUCACCUUACUCUCUUUAAAUCUGUUCUUUUCUCAUCAUUUCUGAUUAUUUCUCGCUUUUAAAGUAGUAAAAGUUUAAAAAAGAAAAAGGACUUCGUGUGUACUGUAAAUAUUGAGUUACCGUUUUUAAUUUUCAUCCGUCAUUCUGAGAAAAAAAUCCUCAAUAUGUAACCCGUGGCUUCUUUGGAUUUUUUUUUUUACUUUUUACUUAAAUUCAGCUAUUUAAUUCCCAUGCGGUUCAGAGAAGCCCUGCGUUAGCGAAACAUUACAUUCUGCUUUGUAUUCUGACAUUCUUUCUUCUCAUUUUAAACGAAACUUUUCGGCUUUGAGAGAAUAAAAUUUGAACCUAGUAUUCACGGGUAUUGGGAAAGCGAUGCCAGUUUAUUUCACAUUCAAAUCAAAUUUGUUUUUAUUAAAGGGAAUAUUUCCUGCAUAAUGUUCACUAUCAGUAUUCUUGUGCAUAGGAAUUUAUAUAGUGAGACAAUAUUCAGCACUAAUAUAUUGUUUGUGCCAAUUGUCAAAAUACUCAACUGUAAUAAGAACGAGGCAGAAUUGGUCAUGUGAAAGAAUUGCUGCUUUCUGUACUGAAAUAAAAAUACUUAAAGAAUUAAA